AUGGUGAGGUGGUGGUGAGAUAGCAGCGAGUGUCCACGCCCCCAUUUAAGUAUCCACGAAGAAAUAUAAUAAAGUAGAAUAAAAUCUUCCGAGGGUUUUUGGAGUUUUCGCCUUAAUCGCGUUAGAUACGCGCAGAGGGCCGGUGAUCAAACCUAUAUAUAGAUAUUGUUCCCUUUGGUUCUCAUUAUCAUUCUCUCUUACAAAUUUUGGGCAAUUCGAAGGUUGAAGGGUCGGACUCGCUUAACAGCCAGGCGAGAUCUUCUUAUAGAUAGAAAUCAGGGAGCCUGUCGGGAGGGAUGGCCGUUGUUGUCACUGGUCCUGAUGCGAAACCAGUCGGCAGCCGCCGCUGCAUGUUUGAGUUGAAGGAAUACACCCGGCCAUUUACAUGCCGCGUGUGCACGGUGAACAGUUAUGACACCGUAAGAUAUAGGUGCGAUCAUUGUGAUGAGUGCCGUCACGUCAGCUGCAUUCGACUGGACGAGGAGAUACGAGUCGGCCCUGGACCCCGCGACAUCUUUGCCAUGCUCCCAGUUUUCACGCUCUAUGAAAAACCACAAGCAGGAAUCAAUUCGAAAAACAAGAAAUGGGCCGAGUACUGCUUGGUUUGCGGGAUGCUGAUCAAGCAUUACAGCUAUCACAUCCGGACCACGGAGAAAAAGGACUUGAAUAUGCACCCGCGCUGUGCAGAGCUCAUCAGAGUCAACAACCGGGUAGCGGUGCCCCUCGAGCUCCACAUGGGUGAAAGAUGGAGCUGUGUGUGGUGCGGCAACAAACGACCCGAGGGGGCCUCCCCAGCAGGACCGACGGAUUUCUACUGUUGGUCGUAUGAGAUGACUGGAGGCAAGAACCGCAUCCAUGUGCGCUGCUACUCGGAAAUGAUGACUCAGGCCUUGAACAGCAUUGCGGACAGCCACUAUUACAAUGAUGACGAUACAAUACGCAUCGUCCUGAGGCGGAGGAAGAGUACAGAUGGAACUGGAUGGGAAGGCAUACUGAAGGGAGCCUUCGAUAUUGCCCUGGAGGUUGCUGGGUUAGGAUUAACCCAAAUUCUGGUGGACCUGAUCUGAUGAUCAAUACUGAUCGCAUCGGUUGGUCUCGGCUGACUGGAUUGGAGACGGUAAAUUCCUUUGUUUGUGCUCUCUGCUCCAAAAUGAUCAUUGAUUGAUCUAAUAAGGAGCAUUAUUUUGUGUUUGUAACUUAGGAGCUGGUUAUUUCAUAAACAGUAUUUUAAAUGAAAAUAAAUUUCCGAUUUAAGUAAAUGUAAACUUUCAUUAAAGGCCCAUAAGAUGCCCCUAUUGGUCGUACCGAA